AUGGCCGAGGGUAUAACUUGGGUGCUGGUAUACCGAACAGACAAAUACAAGAGAUUAAAGGCUGAAGUGGAAAAACAGAGCAAGAAAUUGGAAAAGAAGAAGGAAACGAUAACUGAAUCAGCAGGCCGACAGCAGAAAAAGAAAAUAGAGAGACAAGAAGAGAAACUGAAGAAUAACAACAGAGACUUGUCAAUGGUUCGGAUGAAAUCCAUGUUUGCCAUUGGCUUCUGCUUUACUGCCUUGAUGGGAAUGUUUAACUCCAUAUUUGAUGGCCGAGUGGUGGCAAAGCUUCCAUUUAUCCCCCUCUCGUACAUCCAAGGUCUCUCCCACCGCAACCUUCUGGGUGAGGAUUACACUGACUGCUCCUUCAUCUUCCUCUACAUUCUCUGCACAAUGUCAAUCAGACAGAACAUCCAGAAGAUGCUCGGUCUUGCUCCUUCCCGGGCUGCCACCAAGCAAGCAGGGGGCUUCCUUGGCCCGCCACCUCAGGCAGGGAAGUUCUCCUAAAGCACAGUUACAGCCUUCAUGGAAGGUCUGACCAGUGCACGAGACUGCCUUUGGGAGGUAACAAGAUGGGAUUCUGCACCAGGCUUCACAUGUCCAAAAACAGCCUAUGCAGUAUUGGCCACAGUCUUGGAAACAUCUUCCAUUUGGAGUAUUCUACCAGCAGUUGUUUGCUCAUCAAACCAAGAAGGUUCUCAGAAGAUAACUUGACCUUUUGUUUCUGGUGUUUCUGAGAAAUAAAUGGCAUGGGCAUGUUUGUU